GACGCCGAGCGCAGGCCGCGGCGGCCGCGGAGUAGCCGGGAGCCGCCGACAGCGCGGGCCUGCGUCCCAGCUCUGGUUGUCCUCCCCGCGCCCCCUCCUCAGUCCCGGGCGCGCGCACGCCGGGGCCCCGUGAGGCUGGCCACCUAGUGAGCCGGCCGCUGGACCUGGACCUGCGCAGCGACCCGGAGCUGCCCGGCCCAGGCACACGCGGAAGUGACCCCAGCAUUGCUGUAAAGCCAUCACCAAAGAAGACCCUCACCAGCUGUGUUUCCUGGACUUUGGACUUCCCAGCCUCUGAAACUUUCUGUUCUGAAUGGGCUCUGGAAAAUAGAAAAGAAAAUCCAGUCUGCUUUUUGGGUAACGUUGGACAGCCGAAUAAAUGCAGUAUCUAAAUAUAAAAGAGGACUGCAAUGCCAUGGCUUUCUGUGCUAAAAUGAGGAGCUCCAAGAAGACCGAGGUGAAUCUGGAGGCCCCUGAGCCAGGAGUGGAAGUGAUCUUCUAUCUGUCAGACAGGGAGCCCCUCCGAUUGGGCAGUGGAGAGUACACAGCAGAAGAACUGUGCAUCAGGGCUGCGCAGGAAUGCCAUAUUUCUCCUCUGUGUCACAACCUGUUUGCCCUGUAUGAUGAGAACACCAAGCUCUGGUACGCUCCGAAUCGCACCAUCACCAUUGAUGACAAAAUGUCACUCCGGCUCCACUACCGAAUGAGAUUCUAUUUCACCAACUGGCACGGGACCAAUGACAAUGAGCAGUCGGUGUGGCGACAUUCUCCAAAGAAGCAGAAAAAUGGCUAUGAGAAAAAAAAGGUUCCAGAUGCAACCCCGCUCCUUGACGCUAGUUCGCUGGAAUAUCUAUUUGCUCAGGGACAGUAUGACUUGGUCAAAUGCCUGGCUCCCAUUCGAGACCCCAAGACUGAGCAGGAUGGGCAUGAUAUCGAGAACGAGUGUCUGGGGAUGGCUGUCCUGGCCAUCUCCCACUAUGCCAUGAUGAGGAAGAUGCAGUUGCCAGAGCUUCCCAAGGACAUCAGCUACAAACGAUAUAUUCCGGAAACAUUGAAUAAGUCUAUCAGACAGAGGAACCUUCUCACCAGGAUGCGGAUAAAUAACGUUUUCAAGGAUUUCCUAAAGGAAUUUAACAACAAAACCAUUUGUGACAGCAGUGUGUCCACACACGACCUGAAGGUGAAAUACCUGGCUACCUUGGAAACUUUGACAAAACAUUACGGUGCUGAAAUAUUUGAGACGUCCAUGCUACUGAUUUCAUCAGAAAAUGAGAUGAAUUGGUUUCAUUCAAAUGACAGCGGAAAUAUUCUCUACUAUGAAGUGAUGGUGACUGGAAAUCUUGGAAUUCAGUGGAGGCAAAAACCAAAUGUUGUUCCUGUUGAAAAGGAAAAAAAUAAACUGAAGCGGAAAAAACUGGAAAAUAAACACAAGAAAGAUGAGGAGAAAAACAAAAUCCGGGAAGAGUGGAACAAUUUUUCUUACUUCCCUGAAAUCACUCACAUUGUAAUAAAGGAGUCUGUGGUCAGCAUUAACAAGCAGGACAACAAAAAAAUGGAACUGAAGCUCUCUUCACAUGAGGAGGCCUUGUCCUUUGUGUCCCUGGUAGAUGGCUACUUCCGGCUCACAGCAGAUGCCCAUCAUUACCUCUGCACUGAUGUGGCUCCCCCCUUGAUCGUCCACAACAUACAGAACGGCUGUCAUGGUCCAAUCUGCACAGAAUAUGCCAUCAAUAAAUUGCGGCAAGAAGGAAGCGAGGAAGGGAUGUAUGUGCUGAGGUGGAGCUGCACCGACUUUGACAACAUCCUCAUGACUGUCACCUGCUUUGAAAAGUCUGAGGUACUGGGUGGCCAGAAGCAGUUCAAGAACUUUCAGAUCGAGGUGCAGAAGGGCCGCUAUAGCCUGCAUGGCUCGGACCGCAGCUUCCCUAGCCUGGGAGACCUCAUGAGCCACCUCAAGAAGCAAAUCCUGCGCACAGACAACAUUAGCUUCGUGCUUAAACGCUGCUGCCAGCCCAAGCCCCGAGAAAUCUCCAAUUUGCUGGUGGCUACUAAAAAAGCCCAGGAGUGGCAGCCUGUCUACCCAGUGAGUCAGCUGAGCUUCGAUCGGAUCCUCAAGAAAGAUAUUGUACAAGGCGAGCACCUCGGGAGAGGCACAAGAACACACAUCUACUCUGGGACCCUGAUGGAUUACAAGGAGGAUGAAGGAUCUGCUGAGGAGAAGAGAAUAAAAGUGAUUCUCAAAGUCUUAGACCCCAGCCACAGAGACAUUUCUCUGGCCUUCUUCGAGGCAGCCAGCAUGAUGAGACAGGUCUCCCACAAACACAUCGUGUACCUGUAUGGUGUCUGUGUCCGUGAUGUGGAGAAUAUCAUGGUGGAAGAGUUUGUGGAGGGGGGACCCCUGGAUCUCUUCAUGCACCGGAAAAGCGAUGUUCUCACCACACCCUGGAAGUUCAAAGUUGCCAAACAGCUGGCCAGCGCCCUGAGUUACUUGGAGGAUAAAGACUUGGUCCAUGGAUACGUGUGUACUAAGAACCUCCUCCUGGCCCGUGAGGGCAUCGACAGCGAGUGCGGCCCAUUCAUCAAGCUAAGUGAUCCUGGCAUCCCCAUUACCGUGCUAUCCAGGCAAGAGUGCAUAGAACGAAUCCCAUGGAUUGCUCCUGAGUGUGUUGAAGACUCCAAGAACCUGAGUGUGGCUGCUGACAAGUGGAGCUUUGGAACCACACUCUGGGAAAUCUGCUACAAUGGCGAGAUCCCCCUGAAAGACAAGACACUGAUAGAGAAAGAGAGAUUCUAUGAAAGCCGGUGCAGGCCAGUGACACCAUCUUGCAAGGAACUGGCCGACCUUAUGACCCGCUGCAUGAACUAUGACCCCAAUCAGAGACCCUUCUUCCGAGCCAUCAUGAGAGACAUUAAUAAGCUUGAAGAGCAGAAUCCAGACAUUGUUUCAGAAAGAAAGCCUGCAACUGAGGUGGAUCCCACGCAUUUUGAAAAGCGCUUCCUAAAGAGGAUCCGUGACUUGGGAGAGGGCCACUUUGGGAAGGUUGAGCUCUGCAGAUAUGACCCCGAGGGGGACAAUACAGGGGAGCAGGUGGCUGUCAAGUCCCUGAAGCCUGAGAGUGGGGGUAACCACAUAGCUGAUCUGAAGAAGGAAAUAGAAAUCUUAAGGAACCUCUAUCAUGAGAACAUUGUGAAGUACAAAGGAAUCUGCACAGAAGAUGGAGGAAACGGUAUUAAGCUCAUCAUGGAAUUUCUGCCUUCGGGAAGCCUUAAGGAAUAUCUUCCAAAGAAUAAGAACAAAAUUAACCUCAAACAGCAGCUAAAAUAUGCCGUUCAGAUUUGUAAGGGGAUGGACUAUUUGGGUUCUCGGCAGUAUGUUCACCGGGACUUGGCAGCAAGAAAUGUCCUUGUUGAGAGUGAACACCAAGUGAAAAUUGGAGACUUUGGUUUAACCAAAGCAAUUGAAACUGAUAAGGAGUACUACACAGUCAAGGACGACCGGGACAGCCCUGUGUUUUGGUAUGCUCCAGAAUGUCUAACUCAGUGUAAAUUCUAUAUUGCCUCUGAUGUCUGGUCUUUUGGAGUGACUCUGCAUGAGCUGCUUACUUACUGUGAUUCAGAUUCUAGUCCUAUGGCAUUGUUCCUGAAAAUGAUAGGCCCAACUCAUGGCCAGAUGACAGUAACAAGACUUGUGAAUACAUUAAAAGAAGGAAAACGUUUGCCGUGUCCACCUAACUGUCCAGAUGAGGUUUAUCACCUUAUGAGAAAAUGCUGGGAAUUCCAACCCUUCAGUCGGACAACCUUUCAGAACCUUAUUGAAGGAUUUGAAGCACUUUUAAAAUAAGCAUGAAUAACAUUUAAAUUCCUCUGCUUAUCAAGUUGUCCUCCCUCAACAAAUACCCAAGCCAUUUAAAAAAAAAAUUUAAUGGAAAAAGUUUGUAUUGUCACUCAGCAAAUACUUGAGUACAUGUACAUGUUUAAGGCACACUAUGGUGCUUAAUACGUGUAGAAACUUCCUCAAAUUUUGGCACCAUUAAUGUAGUGACAAAUAAUGACAACCAAAAUAUUAGAAAGCACUUAAGCACUCCUCCUUUUGGAAAGAAUAUACCACCAUUUCAUCUGGCUAGUUUAUCAUCACAACUGCAUAUCAAAGUAGGAUUUUUGAAAAUAAGAGGAUUUGACACCAAAGUAAUGUCUCAAGCUUUUCCCAGCUGCCAGUUGAUCUGAAUGUUUUUCUGGCAACAUUAAUCAUAGAGAUUGAUGGACUUAGCCAAUAUUCUAACAUGCCCUCAAAUUUCAAUAUCUUUAGAAUGAUAGACCAAGCAUUCUUAAAAUAUUAGCUAUGUUAGUAUACUAUUGUUUCUGUACAAAAACAAGUGUAUUCCUGUCAUCAGUAGGACUUAAACUUUGAGUUGUUUCUCCAGUGGCUUAGCUCCUGUUCCCUUGGGUGACCACUGGUACCCAUUUUUGAGAAAACUGGUUAUACCAGGGGAACAGCUGUGGAGUACUUUGCUGCAUGUUAACUCUUGAGAACCACACCUGUGCCAGUGCUUUCCUAAGCAGUAUACCUUUAAUCAGAACUGAUUCCCAGAGCUAUUACACAUGCUUUUAAGAAAUGUCAAUAUGUAUCCUUUUAUAACUCUACCACUUUGGGGCAAGCUGUUCCAGCAUUGGUUUUGGAUGCUGUAUGCAACCAGUUAGAAUAUAUACCACAUACAUCACACUGUUGAGUGUUUCAGUACUUACCACCCAUCAACAAGGGUUGAUCACUAUUUUGACCUUCACCCUAUGGUGCAAAACUUGAAAGAAAAGACCCAGCUGGGGGCACUAGGGAGUUCAGGAUCCAUUAGACAUUUUUUAGUUUGCUUGGAGGUAGCUGGGUAAUCAAUAAUGUUUAGUCUCUGAUUCAGUGUGAAUCAUAAAGAUCUUUAUGACCAACACUGAAAAACUUUUUGUUAAUGCUAUCUAGUAUUUGUUUGACAUCGCUACUUUUCACCUUUUGAGCCCCCCCAGAGAGUUCAAGAUUGAUUGAGUGGCAACAAUAAACUUGCCAUUUAAAUUUACUGAAUAGCCCUACAUCACCAAAGUCUCUGUGUCAAACCUGUGGCCACUCUGUAUGCACUUUGUUUACUCUUUAUACAAAUAAAUAUACUAAAGACUUUA